CUCGCGCCAUUUAACAUUCACAACGAGCCGGCAACAUCAGCUGUUAGUAAAAUUGUUUUGGAAAAUUCGUACAACAUGGAAAAAGAGCAGCCAACAACAAGCGCUAAUGCAGCCCAAGCAAAGGAUCAGGAUCACAACCCCUUACUCGACUCACCGAUGCGGGGGCCAACAUUGUCAACCUCAACAUCCAGUUUCGAGGCCUUAGCACACGCUCAUGAUCCGAAUCUCAGCAAGCAGGCCACGAAGAUGUUCCAAAAAACUGAAGAAUAUAUAACACAUGAGCUUAAUGCGCCACUAGAGGACUAUAAAUUGCUCGAGGAAAUGAACAAGGCAACCAUAGCCAAGUAUAAAGACAUGCGUCAAAUAGCCGAAAACCUCAAUCUAUCCACCAACGAACUGUGCGGCAAAUUUCAACAGUUAGCACCCCUCAUGCAGCAAAUCGAUGAAAUAUCAGACACAGUGGACAAGUUGGAGGCGGCUGCUUACAAGUUGGAUGCAUACAGCAUAGCGCUGGAGAACCGGGUUAAGUGUGUUCUGCAGCGCAAAUCGAGUCAGCACGCAGGGCAAUAAUCGUGACUUUCCCGAAAAGCAU